UUCAUUGUGCUUCACUGGCAGAGGCGGACUCUGCAGCCGUCCAACAGUUUACUGAGAGCCGGAGAUUUCCAAACUUAAUUUGUGUGAUCCUGUAAAUGAAGUCGAAAGCAGACAGAUUGGGAGUUCACUUGUGAUGGCGCAGGACAUUUCCAGUUUGAAUGGAGAGGACUGUUUUGAGGGAACAUCGCCCUGUUGUUCUGACUCGGAGGCUUUGGGUCCAGGAGACAAAGAGUAUGAUGACAUCUUGGAGCUUAAUCAGUUUGAUGGACUGCCGUACUCCUCGAGGUUUUACAAACUGAUGAAAGAGAGGAAAGAGCUGCCAGUGUGGAGAGCAAAGUGUGAAUUCAUGGACAUGUUGGCCAAGGGACAGUUUGUUGUUGUCAGCGGCUUUGCCAAAACUGGAAGGAGCUCUCAAAUUCCCCAGUGGUCUGCUGAAUUCCUCCUGUCAGUCCAGUUCCAGCAUGGCACGGUGGUUUGUACCCAGAUUCACUCUCAACAGGCUGUCGAUCUCGCCCUGAGAGUGGCCGACGAGAUGGACGUCAACAUCGGCCACGAAGUCGGUUACAGCAUCCCUCUGGAGAAAUGCUGCACCAACGAGACAGUCCUCAGGUUCUGCACAGAUGAUGUGCUCCUGAGGGAGAUGAUGUCAGACCCUUUGCUUGAGCGCUACGGUGUGGUGAUCGUGGAUCAGGCCCACCAGAGGACCGUGGCCACCGACGUGCUCCUGGGCCUGCUGAAGGACAUCACCGUGCAGAGGCCGGAGCUCCGCGUGGUCGUCCUGUCGGCCGUGGAACCCUCCCCCAAGCAGCUGGCCCACCUCGCCGGGUCAGCGGCGCCAGUGAUCCGCGUAGAGACCGCAGGUGCAGGGGAGGUGGUGCACAGCAGCAGCACGGCCGACAACUACUUCUGCUCUGCCCUCCGUCUCGUGCUGGAGAUCCAUCACUCCGAGGAGCGGGGAGAUGUGGUCGUGUUUCUGGUGACAACGCAGGAAAUAGACCUGGCCCAUGACAUCCUGUGUCACGAGGGGGACAGUUUACCAUCUGAUCUGGGCGAGCUCCUGCCAAUCGUAGCGCACCCUGGCCAGCCUGGGAACGUGCUCGUCUUUGGGGAGGAGGAGACGGGCCGAACACGCAGAGUAAUCCUCACAUCCAGCCCAAACGAGGACUUCUUCUGGGCUGCUCGCUCAAUACGCUUUGUCAUUGAUGCUGGGCUUGAAAAAAGAUAUGUCUACAACCCCAGGAUCAGAACAAACUCAGUCAUUAUUCAGCCCAUCAGUGCGGUCCAGAGUGAGUGUCGCAGACAGCUGGCAGGUCCAACAGGCAGGUGUUUUUGUCUGUACUCGAAGGAGAGACAGCUUCCUGCUGAGAUUCGCCCACGCAUCGUGGAGUCUGACAUCACCUCCACUGUUCUCUUCUUAAAGAGGAUGGAGAUCGCUGGACUCGGCCACUGCGACUUCGUCGAGCGGCCAGACCCUGGAGGUCUCAUGCAGGCUCUGGAGGAGCUGGACUAUCUUGCUGCUCUGGAUAAUGAUGGCAACCUCUCUGAGAUGGGCAUCAUCAUGUCUGAGUUCCCCCUGGAGCCCCAGAUGGCCAAGACCGUGCUGGCCUCCUGUGAGUUCGACUGUGUCAGUGAGGUGGUCAUCAUCGCUGCCAUGCUAACAGCACCAACUUGCUUCACGGUGCCCCCCGUGGAGCUGAAGCUGGAGGCGAGCCAGUGCCACAUGAAGUUCCAGCACCCAGAGGGAGACCACUUUACACUAAUCAACAUCUACAAGGCCUUCAAGCAGCACCAGCAGGAUCCAUACUGCAGUGAGGAGAAGUGGUGUCAGGAUUUCUUCCUGAACCACACAGCUCUGCUGAUGGCCGACGCUCUCCGAGCUGAGCUCACAGAAACCUUGAAGAGGAUCGAGUUGCCCAUCUCGGUGCCUGCCUUCGGUUCCCGCAGCAACACCAUAAACAUUAAGAGAGCGCUCCUUGCAGGCUUCUUCAUGCAGGUCGCGCGGGAUGUGGAUGGAUCGGGGAACUACUUCAUCCUGACCCAUAAGCAUGUGGCCCAGCUCCAUCCUCACUCCGGCUACGGGGCCAAGAGCCCCAAGCUGGGCCUCCCGGAGUGGCUGCUCUUUCAUGAACACACCUUCUCAGACGACAACUGCCUCCACACAGUAACCCACGUAACUCCGGACCAGGUCGUUCAGAUGACGCCACAAUAUUUUUUUUACAACUUGCCAUCGAGUGAGAGCAAAGACAUCCUCCAAAACAUUUUGAACCAUGGAGCUCCUCAUUACCGGGAGGAUAAACAUCGAUCGCAAGAGGAACCCCAGGAGACUCAGACUUCUGACCGCUGUGUGAUUCAGUGACUGACAGCCUCCGAGCUUAGUGCAAACGAUUAAAUAACUACCAGGAUUCACGCCACUCUUGUACAGAAACACUCCAUCUGGAUAACUGAAUUUUUCACAGAAUGUUAUUAGAUUUUAGGAGCUUUGUGCUCCUCAUCAGUCUUUUUUUAAAUUCACAAGUUGUUCUGCUUUUAUUUUUGAAUUGUUUAACAAAAGUGAACUAAUAUAUUGAAUAAAAAUUCUU